GGCGGCCGUGGCGUUCCCUGCCUCUCUCUGCCCACGUGACGCUCGUGUUGAUGCUCAGCCAUGCAAUUAGGCCGCGGCCCUUAUUGGUGGAGUGGAACCAACUGAUGAGCGCAGCGAGGAGGGACCCUCACGUGGUGUGGUGUGGGCAGGGCUCGGAGCAGAGUCGCCCUGGAGGCUGCAUCAGGAACACUUGAAUGAAAGUCUUGCCUGGCGUGGUCUGAGCUGCUUUCUCUUUGAGGGUGUGCUUAGCAUGAGGCUCUUACCAUGGAGGAAAUGUUCUGUUCGUGAAUGGCUGGCAUCGGAAGCAGCUGUUUAUUUGAGUAGUCUGUUUGUUCAUGGGGGAUGCUGCCGCCUCCCCUGCCUUAGAAAAGCGCAUGUGUCGACCCACUCAGCCGUAAGACCGUCCAUUUGGAAGUGAACGGUAUACCAAAGUUUUAAAUAAAUAAGCAGAACGCCCCCACUCCCAGGUCAGUGGGAGUUGGGAUGGACCGGACUUGCAGGAACAGGGGAACUGCCAUUUUUGUAGCUGACCCAGUUGGUGCAGUGUUCAGUUUUCACAGAUGCUGGAUUUUUUCCCCAAAAAUACAUAUAUUGCAGUUUUUAAAAACUGUUAAUUUCAGCUCAGCUUUAUUUUACACCAAGCUAAUAAGCAGGCAGAUGGUUGGCCUAUGCAGUUGAAAAGGUUCUGGAAGCAGGUGGCGGAAAAGGGCUUUCUGUGGUGUCCCCGUCCCUGCCUUUUGGAGCCGCAGCUGCGCUUGGGGGAGCAAGUGCUGUUCUAGAUGGAGCAGGGGCCGGAUGUGGGGGCUCUGAAAAAUGAUCUUUUGACAAACCUCUCUCUCUCAGGGAUCACAAAUUAAUAGGCACUCUGGUUGUUCCACUUCUGGCUGCAGUAGCUAAGCCUGCGUCAGAAAGUCGAGGGCAGGCACCUGCUCCUGCUGGUGACACCCAGCUCUUUUCUUGGCAGCUGAGGCCCGGAGCGUGUGGAAGGCCCGAGCCGUGGCACAGUCACCCUCAUGGGCCGGAUGGGAGCUGCCACACCGGGACUCAGCCCCGGCACAGUGGAGGUACAGUGGAGCCGCAGGUCGGCCAGUCCAGGGCGGAGAAGCUGCUUGUUUUGGGUCUCGCUAGGGUCCGGUUGAGGCUUGAGGGAUUUCUGGACCUGCAGUUCCUCCUGGGGGAGUGCAGAUACCUGCUGGGGCCAGGAGUGCCUGUUGCACCCUUUCCUGGAGAGGCAGGUCUGGCCAUGGCGUCCCAUUGCUGUGCGCUUCCCUGCCCGUGUUGCGUCGUUUUUACAUAAACUCUGCUGACUGCCGAUCGACAGAAUGAAUGUUCCAGGCACAAUUCAAGGUGCCCUUGAACAGCUUGAUGGCAGCUUAUCUGAGAGGCUGCCACUUCCCAUUUGAUUUACGUAGUUAUUUCAUUUAUUCCUUGUACUUCCACCAAAAUAAUGCCCUGCACUUCCUUUACAUUGCUUAAAGGUAAGGGGGAAAAUCUGCAGUCAAGACAUUUGAAGAAGACUCGAAUCUUUUUCUGGAAAGAUCAUCAAGAAUAAGGAUGUUUCACUGGAGACCACGGAUGCUCUUGUAUCCUCCAUCACCACGCCUGGGUGUGAAAACUGGGCAGCGAAGGAGGCCGACAGGAAGAACAGGGAUGCAUUCGAAGAAAGGAGAGCUUUGUGCAUAUCCCAGACCAACCGAAAGUGGCUUCUUUAUCAAAUCAAGCCGACACUUUUCUUAGAAGCAAAACAUGGCAGAACUGGCGCUGUCGUACUUUGGGCAUGCUCUGUGAAAGCAAGACUCUCUAGGCGAUGAUGUUAGGAAAAGGAGAAGGCAGAAGAAGAGGGGGAAGGCCCAGGAUGAGGUGGAUGGACUGCAUAAGGAAGCCACGGCCUUGAAGUUACAUGUCCGGGACAGGAUGCUGCAUUCGCAGGGUUGCUACUGAGGGGAGCAGCAGCAUCGGGACAAGAGCAUCUGCAAGCAGGGAGCGCCUGAAGAGGUCUCAGAAGAGCAUGAAGGCGGAAGGCUCUGCUCCAGCGGCGUCUCCGUGCUCGCCCAGUGAGGAGGUGCCGGCGGCUGCAACGAUGACCGAGGUGAAGGUGAAGACGGAGGUCCCGGACGACUACAUCCAGGAAGUGAUCUGGCAGGAUGACACCAAAGAUUCCAAGAAGAACGUGAAGGACGGGGCAGGAGAGGUGCCAGCGGAGAUCUGUGUGGUGAUCGGAGGUGUCCGCAACCAGCAGACACUCGGUAAGCUAGGUUCUUAUGAGUGUGGAAUAUGUGGAAAGAAAUACAAGUACUACAAUUGCUUCCAGACCCACGUCCGAGCACAUCGAGACACAGAAGCCGCGUCGGGCGAAGGAGUCUCCCAAGGCAACAACUUUAGGUACACCUGUGACAUUUGCGGGAAGAAGUACAAAUACUACAGCUGUUUCCAGGAGCACAGGGACCUGCACGCAGUGGAUGUUGAUGGCCCAAAUCCAAGCAAGCUAAAAACAGCAGUGCAAGGGGAAAGUGGACUGCGAGAAAUUUGUUUUCCAAGACCCCUACGACCAGGCGAUGAUUGCGAAGGAAGAAGUGAAGGAAGAGGACCCAGAGCCCUUUCAGAAGAUUGGUCCAAGUAUGACUUACCGAGUUUGCAACUUAAAAACAGGCAACUACACCUGCGAGUUCUGUGGGAAGCAGUACAAGUACUACACCCCCUACCAGGAGCACGUUGCGCUUCAUGCGCCCAUCAUUCUGAGUGUUCGUAUCCAGAGUACUCCCGAUCUCCACUCUUCGUGGCUGUGAAGACCCCAGCAAGCCAGGCGGGGAAAAAAACAUCGGCGGCGUCCAUAAUCCGGUGUUCCACCCUGCUCCACCGCACUCCCUCCGGUGUCCCACCGGCAUCCCAGUCCCAGAUGUUCCGCGCUCCAAAUUCCGGAUCCCCGGGAAGCAAGGCCACGACAGAAAGCGCGUUCAGCCGGAGAGUGGAAAACAAACUGCAGAACAACUUUGAAGAAACGAACAGCAACUCCCAGAACUCCAGUGAAACGGCCAGUCCCCUGGUUUCAAAUCCUUUACCGCUUUUGCAAAAACCGUACACCUGCGGGGCCUGCGGCAUCCAGUUCCAGUUCUACAACAACCUCCUGGAACACAUGCAGUCCCAUGCAGCUGACAACGAGAACAACAUCGCCUCGAACCAGGUCAGGUCGCCCCCCGCGGUGGUGGAGGAGAAGUGGAGGCCGCAGCCGCAGCGGACCAACGCCAACAGCACCUCGGCCUGCAGCUCCCUGGCGAACAGCACCAUCCCCGAGAAGGAGCGGCAGAACAUCGCGGAGCGGCUGCUGCGGGUGAUGUGCGCCGACCUGGGGACCCUCAGCGUGGUGAGUGGGAAGGACUUCCUCAAGCUGGCGCAGACGCUGGUCGACAGCGGCGCCCGCUACGGCGCCUUCUCCGUCACCGAGAUCCUGGGCAACUUCAACACGCUCGCCCUCAAGCACCUGCCCCGGAUGUACAACCAGGUGAAGGUGAAGGUCACCUGCGCCCUGGGCAGCAACGCCUGCCUGGGCAUCGGCGUCACCUGCCACUCGCAGAGCAUCGGCCCCGACUCGUGCUACAUCCUGACCGCGUACCAGGCGGAGGGCAGCAGCAUCAAGAGCUACGUGCUGGGCAUCAAGGGGGUGGACCUGCGCGACAACGGCGACCUGGUCCACCACUGGGUGCAGAACGUGCUCUCGGAAUUCGUGAUGUCGGAGAUCCGGACGGUGUACGUGACGGACUGCAUGGUGAACUCGUCCGCCUUCUCCAAGGCGGGCAUGUCCUUGCGCUGCUCGGCGUGUGCCUUGAACUCGGUCGUGCAGAGCGUGCUCAACAAGCGCACACUGCAGGCGCGCAACAUGCACGAGGUGGUGGAGCUGCUGAACGUCUGCGAGGACCUGGCGGGCUCGGCGGGCAUCUCCAAGGAGACCUUCGGCUCCCUGGAGGAGCUGGCCCCGCCGCCCUGCUGGAACUCCGUCACGGACUCGCUGCUGCUGGUGCACGAGCGCUACGAGCAGAUCUGCGAGUUCUACAGCCGGGCCAAGAAGAUGAGCCUGAUCCAGAGCCUCAACAAGCACCUGCUGAGCAACCUGGCCGCCAUCCUGGCCCCCGUGAAGCGGGCCGUGGUGGAGCUGAGCGGCGAGAACCGGCCCACCCUGCAGCUGGUGCUGCCCACCUACGUGAAGCUGGAGAAGCUCUUCACCGCCAAGGCCAACGACGCCGGCAUCACCAGCAAGCUGUGCCACCUCUUCCUGGAAGCCCUGAAGGAGAACUUCAAGGUCCACGCGGCCCACAAGGUGGCCAUGAUCCUGGACCCCCAGCAGAAGCUGCGGCCGGUCCCGCCCUACCAGCACGAGGAGAUCAUCGGCAAGGUGUGCGAGCUGAUCAACGAGGUGAAGGAGUCGUGGGCCGAGGAGCCAGAGUUCGAGCCCUCCGCCAAAAAGCCACGGACGUCGAGCGAGGGCUCCCCGGCGCGGGAGGAUGACCGCUCGGGCAAGAACGAAGUCUACGACUACCUGCAGGAGCCCCUCUUCCAGGCGCCCCCGGACCUCUUUCAGUACUGGUCCUGCGUGACCCAGAAGCAUAUGAAACUCGCCAAGCUCGCCUUCUGGCUCCUGGCGGUGCCCGCCGUGGGGGCCAGAAGCAACUGUGUAAAUAUGUGUGAACAGGCCCUCAUGAUCAAGCGGCGGCGGCUGCUGAGUCCGGAGGACAUGAACAAGCUCAUGUUCCUGAAGUCCAACAUGCUUUAAGACUGGGGUGGGGGGUGGGGGGUGGGCCGGGCGGCAGCGUCCCCCAAGGCAAGCCCCCUCCCCUGCGCGACACUGUUCCACACCAAGGCUCCCAUUUAAGUUCUAAACACUGUGGACCUCAUUCUGAACGCCCUGGGAAACAAAAAGUGCUUUUUAUAGAUAUAUAGAUAUAUAUUAAUAUGUAUAUAAAAAGCUACGUUUGAAGGGAAUAUGCUGGGGGUGUGCAAGGAACUCUGCUAGGGACACACUCCUUUCUCUAGAUUUGUGUGUGAACUUGACAAAGCAUAAGGGUGAUUUUCACGAGCGCAGUCCAAGUGGGUGCGUAUGUUCCGAAGUCUUCAGGCAGCUCAGUUCUCAAUUGACUUGAAUGGUGGUUUUAUUAGUGCCCUUUUUAAAACGUGCUCCCCCUCCCUCCCUCCCGGUGCCCCCCUUCCGCCCCCCCAGCUUCUCCCUGCCAUCUGUAGCCCCCACACUGGACGUGGCCCCCAAGAGAAAGCUGUGCGGGCGCGGCCAGCCAGUCUUGCCUCGGCUUUCGGGAUCUGCAGCUGGGCAGGUUUGCAGGCAGCUGUGUCAGAAAGACCGAUGUCUCUUAGAAAGCAGAAGUGGAGACACGAAGGAUGUUCUAAAAUAAGAGUUUUCGUUU